CAAGAAAAGAAACUGAGUCUGAACAAGCUGCAGUUAAAAAAUCGAGAACUAUUAUUGCUAUAGAACAUGAUAAAGGACAGCAGAAUGAUAUGUGUGCUGCUUUUUAAGAAUAUCGAAGUGUAAAUUAUUUCGUCAGUUAGUAUAACACAGGAACUCCUAAGGCUGGCGGCGAGGUUAAUGGGCUUCUACGAUAUUUUAUCCCUGUUUGCUGUUACUAGCGAGCUGUACUUGGCACAUGUAAAAAGAUUAAGUGUGGUAUCGUCCUCUGGCAACGACGACUGGAGCCUAACUUCUAACGCCGAUAAUUGGAAGGAAUGCUACAGGAUGCUGGAUGAUGCUAGUGUACCAGAAUGUAUGCGUUCACAGGAUACAAAAAUGCCAAGUUCAGACUUGAACUGCAAUGCUGAUAAAGUGGAGAAAACAACGCUUAAAGUUUAUUUGAGUAAUGGAAAUUUCAACAUUGUUAAGUUUGGUGAAACAACUCUUGUGAAGGAUGUAAUCAAUGUUGUUACAAAUCGUCUAUCAGAUUCACUACAUUCCUUUGAAUCAAUUUAUGGAAUGAGACUGUUGCACAAUAUUUCUAAUGAAGUACACUGGCUGCAUUCAGACACAGCAAUGUUUCACGUUCUUGAAAAGUAUUCGUAUUAUCCUGCUGAUGAAUGGAGAUUAGAGUUACGUGUUAGAUAUGUUCCUAAAGAUUUGAGGGAUAUGUUUGAACAAGAUAAAGUGACUUUUCUGUACUUUUAUGAACAAGUAAAAAAUGAUUAUCUUAGUCUUGAUAUAGAAAUUGACCAAGACUUAGCUAUACAGUUAUGUUGUAUUGAAAUAAGGAGGUUUUUCAAAGAUAUGACCCAUGUUGCAUUAGACAAGAAAUCUAAUUUUGAAUUUCUUGAGAGAGAUAUUGGACUUCAUAAAUUCCUGCCAUCACGUGUUAUUACCAAUAAUAAACCAAAAGCACUUCGCAAAGUUAUUCAGAGUCAUUUUAAAAGAUUUGCUUCUCUGUCUGAAGUUGAUUGUAUGUUUACGUUUUUGAGUAAAGUCCACCCAAUAGUCAAAUAUGAUCAAGAAAGUUUCAAAUGUGCUUUAGGGACUGGAUGGAGUGUUCCAGUGGAAUUAGUAAUAGGAGCUGAUGUUGGAAUAAGUUUCCUCACAGAUCCAAAUGCAGUUCCUACUCAUAUGGCAAGUUUUCAGCAAGUUCAAAAUAUACAUACACUUAUUACAUCUGAUGUGAGUUCAACUAGUAAACCAGUACUGCAACUAAAGAUUGAUGGAGCUUCUGAGAUGCUAAGUGUAUCAUGUCCUUCUACGUCUGUUGCUGAAAGCAUUGCAAGUUUAAUUGAUGGUUACUGCCAGUUGGUUCAUGGAACAAAAAAGUCUUUUUGGACUCAGAAAGGUGGGAGAACAUCUAAAUCAAGGCAUAGAAAUUCUAUGAAUUUCUCCAGCUUGCCAAGUUCACCGGAGAAAAAACACGGGUUUAAAUAUGGAGAAGAUUAUGCAGAAAUUGUAGAAGAAGAGGGUGAUUAUUCAACACCAAUUGUUAAGGAUUAUGAACUGAAGAGAACAGAUGUUAUAUUGGGUGAAAUUAUUGGAGAAGGGCAGUUUGGAGAUGUGCAUAAAGGUACAUACAUAUCAAAGGAUGGCCAUAUGUUAGCAGUAGCUGUGAAAACAUGUAAGGUGGAAAGUGAAGAAUCAAUGGGAGAAAAAUUCCUGGAAGAAGCAUAUAUAAUGCAGCAGUUUGAUCAUCAACAUAUAAUUAAGCUGAUUGGUAUCUGCUCUGAUUCUCCAAUAUGGAUAGUAAUGGAAUUAGCAAAACAUGGAGAAAUGCGAGCUUAUUUGCAGAAUAACAAAAGCCAGUUAGAUUUGGCGACAUUAAUUUUGUAUGCAUAUCAACUGAGUACUGCUCUGUCAUAUUUGGAGAGUAGAAAAUUUGUGCACAGAGAUAUUGCUGCUAGAAAUGUUUUAGUGUCAUCCCACGAUUGUGUGAAACUGGGAGAUUUUGGCUUGUCUAGAUGGGUUGAGGAACAGCAUUAUUAUAAAGCUUCUAAGGGUAAAUUACCAAUAAAAUGGAUGGCUCCUGAAUCUAUAAAUUUUCGAAAGUUUACUACUGCAAGUGAUGUCUGGAUGUUUGGUGUGUGCAUAUGGGAAAUUCUUAUGUUUGGUGUGAAACCCUUUCAAGGUGUAAAAAAUAAUGAUGUCAUAGGCCGAAUAGAAAAUGGAGAACGUUUGCCUCUACCUCCUAGAUGCCCUCCUCAUCUUUAUAACUUAAUGUCACUUUGUUGGUCAUAUGAACCAUCAAAACGGCCAAGUUUUAAAGAAAUUAGAAGAGUUUUAGGGGAAAUUCUUGAAGAAGAAAGGCGACAGCAAGAAGAAGUGAUGAAAAGGGAAAAUCGCAGGAUUCAUGCUAUGUCAUGGGGUUCUUCUUGCUCUGAUGAACCUCCACCAAAGCCUUCUCGCCUUCCUGUUGAUCAAAGCAGUGUUUCAAGCCUUCCUUUAAGAGUCAACAGUAAUCUAGUCCAUUCUUCAUUCUACUCAACAGGCACUACUGAAACAGUUUAUAUGGAAUCAAAUGAUGAUGCUUCAACUUUAUGUUUAUGGAAUUCUGCCCCCAAACACUCAACUUCAUCGAGUAUGGAUCAAAAGGCAAAUUCUGAAGAUCUAGAACAGAAGUUUCUGGAGAUGAAGCUUCAGAAGCAACUACGAGAAUCAGAAGAAGAUUCAAAGUGGCUUGCAGAAGAAAGUGGCCAUUUUGCUCCUUUAUCACAUUCCGAGAAAAGAUUAUCCAUUGGUGAUCGAUCACAUUGCUCGGACAGUGAUAGCAUAGAUGGCAUAUCUUCACUUAAUGUCAGGAAUGAAUGUUCAUUAGAAACAUCUGCCCAUCCAGAGCCUAAUGACAUAACAGAUGCAUCUAAGCCGUCAAAUAUCUCCAGUUAUUGGAAACAUGCAAAGUAUUUCAAUGCAAUGAAAACGUGCAGAAAGUUUAUUCAACAUGAACAAAGUCCUACAGUGGUAUUAAAUCGUUCUGGUGAUCAUGUUUAUGAGCAUACAACAGAUGUGGUGCGAGCAGUGAUGAAUUUAUCUCAAGGUGUCCAGCAAGGAAGAUUAGCUGAUUAUUUAGAUUUAGUAAAGCAAGUUGGCCUGGAUUUAAGAAAUCUGUUGGCUGCUGUUGAUGGAAUCAUAAAAUCUUUUCCUAUUUGGUCUCACAGAGAGAUACAAAUGGCACAGGAAGUAUUAAGCAAAGAUAUGGCCUCCUUAGUUACUGCAAUGCAGCAGGCUCAGAAAUACUCUAGGACUACACUUGAUGGUGAAUAUCGCAAAGGAAUGUUAUCUGCUGCUCAUAUUCUUGCAAUGGAUGCAAAGAAUUUACUUGACACUGUUGACUCUGUUAGAAUACGUACAAAGAAUUGUAAUCCUGUUUGUGGGAGUAUUAUGCCUUUUCAUCAAGUUUCUAAAACUCAACUAUCUAGUAAUAAUACCAGACCUUUAAGUUGCAUAGCACUUCCGAGUUCAUCUGUAUCAUGUACAUCUCAGUCUUCAGGGCAAGGUACCCAAUCUAGACAACCAAGUAGUUUUUCAUUUGAAUCAGCAGAUGAUUCCAGGCUGUCUCUUGCUUCUAAAAUGCUUGGUGAUGAUGCAAAUGACAGUGGAUAUGAUGUCACGUGAAGAAUAGUUUGAAGCUAUUAAUGUUAACUGUAUUUUCUUUUGAAAAUAUAAAUAUUAGUAUUAACAAUUGUACAGAUAAUUUUCGAUAACAAGUUACUGCUAUUUGUAUAUCAAUAUCUGUUUAUUUAUAAAAACACAUAAUUGCUCACAAAAAAUGAGGUUUGUUUCUUUAUAGAAACAAAUUUAUGAAUCAUGUUAAGUUUCAAUUUUUAUUAGCUUUGAGAGCUGUAAGUGUGUAUCUACUUAGAGACAUUAAUUUCAUGUGCUUUCUUAGUAAUUUGUAAAGCCCUAAGUUUAAUUUGCAUAUAUUUAUACAAGAUAAAUUAAAACGUAAUGUUUUCUGUGUAUUUUUUAUAUUUUUCAAGAAAAUUUAGUGGGAAGAUUUUUAAUUUUUUUCUAAAAUGUUUUUUUAAUCCUCAGUUUCUAUCUCUUAUAAAUUGUUUAUCCGUAAUUAAGUAAGCGUACCAUUUAUUUAUUCUGUGAUGCAAAGUGUUAAAAUUUCUUCAUUUAUUUGUUUAGAAGAAAAUUAUUUUGAAAAAUGUUAUUGAUAUAAAUGAUACUAGUCUAUUCUUUUGCUGUCAACAUUCAAAACUUUUUUUACAUUACUGGACUUCAAAUCAUGCAGAGCCAUAUAAUUAAUUGAAGGAAAAUAUAAAAUAAAAUCUAAGUAAUAUUCCAAGAUGAUUACUGUGCAAAUGCAAUUUAAAGAGAUUUAGAAAAUCAUAUCAAUUUGUUUAGAUCAACAAACUGAUUAUUCUGAAUUUAUUUUAAGUACAGUAUUAAAGCUCAAUUUAGUUGUUACUAAACCAUCAUACAUUUCACAAAUAUGUACAAUAUUUAUAAUACAUAUGUGCAUUGUAUAUGUGUACUUUUAGUCACUCUUUUGUUAAAUAUAAAAAUGUUUGCUACAUUUUAUAAUUUAUUUGGAUUAUUUGGAGAAAAUGUUCUGUUACUACAUUUUAUAAUGUAUUUGGAGGAAAUGUUCAAUUUGUCACUUUAAUGUUAUCUUGAACACUGGAUUAUCUUCAUUAGAUGUUAUUAAUGGUUCUGUAAAUCUAACUUUUGCUGGAAUUGUUAAGCCAAUAAUUUUGUCGUUGAAACCUUUCUUUAUAAGCUAAAUAUGUAGCUGAGCUUUGAAUAGGUUUAUUUACAUUGAUUUGAUUUUCGUUUCAUUAACUCUUAGGACAUUAAUAUAUUAAACACUAAAUGUUUUUAUGUAUACUUCUCUCCUGAAAGUACCAUUUUUCACCAUUAAUUAUGAGAGCGCAAAAUUAAUAUUCUGAAAUUGAGGGGUUCAGAGCACAUAUGAUCUACUGUUUUUCCUCAAAGUGAAGUUAAGUGUGUUUAUUGUUAUGUUUGAGCAGAGAAUCUGUCCUCUUCACCCCCCAGAGCAAAUAUUAUAAAGUAGUACAUUCAUAACGAGAGUUAAGUAUGAGUAAAAUGCAUCAUUUGAACUUCCUAUAAAUACCUCUCAGAUGCUGUAUUUUAUUUUAUGGUGUAAUAGAAGAGCCAGCAGUGAACUUUAAUUGUAAUGACUAAAAGUUGGAUGUGAUUUGAAAGCAGUGCAUUUCUGGAAAUUUUAUAAGAAAAUAUGGUUCAGAUGACAUAUUUCAUAAGGUGGAUUUUCAUAAGCUUAAGCGAGGUAGACCUUCAAACUCUAGUGGUAAUCUAUUCUAAGACUCACAGCAUCAGGCAUCUCAUAAAAAAACAAAAGAAAUUUUGUUGGUACUUUAUGUCAAGCUGAAUAACUUGGUAUAACUGUGGUUUUCGUCUACAAGCUCAGUGGGCAAACUAGAAGUUCUAUUCUUUGUACUAAUAUUGUUUUUUUAUGUUGUUUACGCAGAACAAAUAUUUUCUGUGUAAUUUAAUAGAUCCAAGUGUGUAAUAAUUAUAAAAUCAAUAAAAAUAUCUUGCUGUUCUCUAUAUUUUUAAUGAAUGAGCUUUUCUCAGAAUGUCAGAGUUUGGAUACCUGUGCUCUGAACCCCACAUGUAAUACAUAUUGUAUGCUGUGUGGAGUCUUCUGAGGUGACAUAAAAAUUAGUUUUAAUAUGAAAAACUAUGAGACGACUUAAGCAAUUUACCAAGCAGUUUUCAAAUUGUUGCUGUGUAUCAGUUCUGUUGCCUUUUUCCUCGAAUUUGUCUAUAAAUUUUGAAAAUGCUUCUGGGUAAUAAACUUUCUUUAUAAAGUCCCACAUAAUAUAUCACUGAAAGUUAUAGCCUUUGGCAAUAUCAAAUAGAUUUUUUUUAGCAACAGAGUGUUGCCGGACAUUACCUUUUCAUAGAACACUUUUUAUUAAUAAAAAAGAGCUUCAUUAAAAAGACUGCUUGGUAGAUGGCUGGCUGUGUAUGCCUGUGUAUUAAUUAAAAAUUGUUAUUAUAAAUUUUGGUGUUCUACUGGCAUCCACAUUGAUUGGUACAGAUUUGGACAUUCUUCUAUUUAUAUAAAUCUAUUUUUAUAAAUCUGUCAGAGGCUACAUAUUUUGCAUUCAUAAGAAGUGGAGUUUGAUACUUCUUAUGUUACUUUCAGUCAAACUUUUUUCCUCAGUGAUAUAUACAUAUAUAUAUAUAUAUAUAUACAUUUAUAUAUGCAUAAUAAAUGCCUAUAAAUGUA